AUGGACUUGCUUCAAGGGUGUACACCUGACAUCACCCGCCAGCUGGUGACCGCACGGGUUUGGGGACGGUGGGAAAGGUGGCGAGCUGAGCUUGCGUCCCUCGGUGGUGCUAUUCACGACCCCCUAGCUGCGGGGAUUGCGCCUGCAGCGCAAACCCCUCCAGUGCAGCCUCCCAGUGCUACUCUCGGUGCUGCUCUCGCCCCCCCUUCCCCGGCCAUUGCGCAUGCAGCGCCAACCCCCCUUGUGCAGGCUCAUGCAGUGCCACCUGGUACUACUCCCGACCUCCCUGCACUGGUGUUGUCGCCUGCAGCACCCGCCCCUCCUGGUCAGGCUACUAAGGGGCCUGCCGGUGCUACUCCCUCUACCCCUGCCUUGGCCUUUCCUCCUCCCACUGCAACUCCCCCUGUGCAGACUGAUGUGGUGGCUGCUGCGGUAAGGCUGUUGCCUGAGGGCGACGAAGGCAAUGAAGCCAACCCCCUCACUUCUAGGCAUCAAGGAACUUCCAGCUAA